GAGUUGAAAUUCUGCAAAAAGAAAAGGACAUAAAGCAUUUGAAUUUGACAGAUACAUGAGACUAGACCAGCAUCAAUUAAGUGAAGAAAACAAAUGAUGUUUCUCUUGCAAAAGAAAAUUUGAACACAAAGAUCUCUCGUUCCACUCAUACUUCCAGCUAUGAGAAGGAAACAAGUACGCAGUUUCCCGUCAAAUUUAUUACAAGAAUCCAGCAUCACCUGAGAAUUACUGUAUAAAUAUAUCUAGGAUCGCAUCAUUAUCCCACACAAAUUAAUAUUAUCUACAGACACAAACAGAGAGAAAGAGAGAGAGAGAGAGAAUGGCAGAAUUGUUCGUGAAACAGGCAAAGGAGUAUUCAGAGGGUAGGCCUAAUUACCCUAAAGAAUUAUUCGAUUUUAUUGCUUCUAACACUCCCUCUCAUCAUCUUGCUUGGGAUGUCGGCACCGGUACCGGCCAAGCCGCCCUUUCUCUGGCUGCGAUCUACGACGAUGUGGUCGCCACCGACACAAGCCCAAAGCAGCUUGAGCUCGCGGCGAAGCUCCCAAACAUAACCUACCAUUGCACCACCGCCGUUGUCUCCAUGGAGGAGCUCCAAACCAAGAUCGGAUCGCAAUCCACUUUCGAUCUGGUCACCGUCGCUCAAGCCUUGCACUGGUUCGACCUCCCCGCAUUCUACCACCGCGUCAAGUGGCUCCUCAAGAAGCCCGACGGCGUCAUCGCCGCCUGGUGCUACACCACGCCGGAGGUCAACGCCGCCGUCGACGCAGUAUUCCAGCGGUUCUACGCCGUGGAUUCCGGUCCGUAUUGGGACUCGGCCCGUAAUCUGGUAGACCGGAAAUAUGAGACGAUUGAUUUCCCGUUUGAACCGGCGGGUGGGCUCAGGCACACUGGACCGUUCCGGUUCAAUGCGGAGAAAGUGAUGGAUUUAGAGGGGUUUUUCACGUAUUUGCGGUCGUGGUCGGCUUAUCAAACGGCAAAGGAAAAAGGGGUGGAGCUGCUCACCCGGGAUGUGGUCGACCGGUUCACCGCGGCGUGGUUCGAAGAUGGCGUGACCCGGAAAACCGUUGUUUACCCUAUCUAUUUGAGGAUAGGAAAAGUUGGUCCAUUAGAGUGAGAGAUUGACCGGAUAUGGUGAAAUUUGAUAUUUAAAUAAAAAUAAUGAUUUUUCAUUUUCUUCUUCUGGCGGUGACUCGAAUCUUCAAUUAAAUAAAUAUUUUAUUAAUC